UACAAAUGAUAUCACAAUAACAUUUAAUCUGCAUCCCCUAGUUCAUCAAAAGCUUUUUCUUACUCAACAAACAUGUCAACCAUGAAACUACAGUCUGCUGAUGGUGAAAUAUUCGAGGUCGAAACCCGUGUUGCCAAGUGUUCCAGAACCAUAAAAACCAUGAUGGAGGAUUUGGGCAUGGACGAGAACUACGCCGAAGUGGUUCCUCUGCCAAACGUGCACUCCUCCAUACUGCGGAAAGUUCUCGAGUGGGCCAACUUUCACAAAGACGAUAAACCGCCGCUGGAUGUUCUGGAUUAUUCGAACGAGCCUUAUAGACGCACCGACGACAUCUGUGAUUGGGACCGCGAGUUUCUGCGUAUCGAUCAGGCAGUGCUGCUCGAGCUGAUAUUGGCCGCCAACUAUUUGGAUAUUGAAGACCUGCUGGAUGUGACCUGUAAAACGAUCGCCAACAUGAUCAAGGGAAGGACACCCGAACAUAUUAGGAAAACGUUUCACAUUGAAAAUGAUCUGACGCCGGAGGAGGAAGACCAAAUUCGAAAGGAGAACGAAUGGUGUGAAGAGAAGUACUGAGGAUGGUUAAUAUAGUAGAAUAAAAAAUGUAUUUAAAUUAAAACUGUUUUCGUUAAUUAUUAAUGAAAGAAGAAACACUAAUCCCAAAUUGCUGUAUGAACCAUCUUUGAAAAAUCGCUGUUCACAAAUAACCCGCAGUAGACCGUAACACACAUGGAGAUAUUACGAUCUUCAUUUCAAUUCUCCAAUCUGCAGUGUAUCGUUUUCAAUCAUCCUCUUGCAUCGACGGUUGCCAUCAAUUAGCAGCGAGUGCAAGUCCAUUCGCU